AUGUCUCCCAACGUUCUCGCCGACAAGGACGUUAACGCCGCCGUCGUGGUCAACGACUCGCAGGCUGCCAAGGAUGUUAAGAGCAUGGAAUACCACCGCCAGGUCCUGCAGAGCAAGAUGGCCCAAGAGAAGUACGACCACAAGCCACAGACUCGUAACGCCCAGAGCAAAGCCCUAAACUUCGAUGUCCUCGAUAGGUCCAAGACUUACAUCUCGCCCUCUGACAACAUCAUGAGCCCUUGCACCGCCAAGCUCAGCGCCCUGCGCAACAAGCAGGUUGGCAAGGUCAAGCCCAAGUCCCUCUUCGCCCAGACUUCCGCCAAGAAGCUCGGAGGCGGCGACGCCCUCUUCGGCGACCGGACAACUACCCCUACCAAGGAUAGCAACAGCUUCUAG